AUGUGGCUGUGUAUUCUUGUUCUCUCAUUUUUUUAUUAUCAUGGCAAUGCUGCUAUCCCCGUCUUGGCCCUUACAGAUGUCGAGAUCAAGGAAGUGGCCCAGAAAAUGAGAGAUGCCGACGAUGAGAGACCCAAGUUCUGCGAAUUUUAUGUGGAUUAUCAGCGGCACUUUGACGGUGGAGAGUCGGAUUAUGCCGAAAAAUCGUGGGUUCAUGAUGGUGAUUAAUGCAACCCUUACAGUUUAUUCAAAUGGAUCCGACCUUCCGUCUUGAACUGGCCCAGUUUUAAAGCCCUUUUGGAUCUGGUACCCUUGUUUAAUCCCCAGACUGGAAUAGCCGAAGUCAACAGUCCGGACAAGCAAAAGAAGCAGAGGGCGUUCAUUACGGCCGUCUUUAACAGUGGCCCAUUCAAACAAUUGAUCGAUGUCCUUCGGAAAAAGAAUCAUCCUUUUGCCAAGACUGUCCUCAACCAAACCAUGCAUGAUCUCUGGUUUGGACUGUUCUCCAGAGCCAAGGGAAGGCUGGAUUCCUCGGCUUUCGAGCACGUUUUCAUCGGCGAGGUGAGCUGAAAAUUAUUGUAAAGAUUCUUGAUUUAGGCCAAGAAUGGAGAGGUUUCUGGGAUGCAUAAUUGGGCGGUGAUCAAUAAGUUUGAAAAUGAUCCAAAGAGUACAUUCAAUUACAGGGGAUUCAUCAUCAAAAGGGCUGUAAGUUGUGUGUACGCAAUGAUUACGUAAUUGUGCAGGAUAUAAUUGCAUCGGCAAACUUUAAAUGGGGAAGUUUUGGUUAAGAAGACUGGCAGUUUUUUGAUGGGAACAUCGCCGGCCUUUGAUUUCUCGCUUCUUUCAAUGUGUUUCUUGGCCAGGAGGGGCAAUAAGAAAUGUGAAGUAGGUUGUGGUUUGUAUGAUCUUUACCACAAUAACAUUUUAGACACUUAUUGAUGGAUGCCCUGUCAAUGUGCAAAGUUAUGAUCUAAGCCAGAAUGGGAAAGACUUCAUCGGGACCGUAUAUCCAGAACCCGGGCCCUCGGCUCCUACUUGUAUGGCCAACUUCAAACAAAGAGCGACGGUCUCCAAACAAGGAUGA